AUGGCAGAAGCAGAAGCGGCAUUGGACGAGGCUAAAAGAAAGAGGAAGACGGCGAAGGCAGCGCUUACCCGCCGUGGGAAUACCUUGCGCAAAAAGCUAAAAGAGAGCUGGCCCAGAGACGAAAUUAUGGAAACCUUUCACGGCAUGAAAACAGCGUUCGAGAACUUGGUGGUAAAGCACGAGGAAUACACACAGUUGAUUCAGGACGAUGAAGCAUUCGAAGCGGAGGAGAAAUGGUUGGAGGAGUGCGAGGACUUCUAUCUUCAGAUGGAAAUCGGUGCAAAGGAUUACUCGAAAGCGAAAUCGGUAUCGAAAGGCGAAAAAUCUGGAUUGGACAGCGGAAAGUCGGCAUCGGACAACAGAACACCCGUCGUGGAAAGCGAAAAAUCGGGAUUGUACGGCGGAAAGUCAGCAUCAGACAACGGAACACCCGCGGUGGAAAGCGAAAACCCAGGAUUGGAUAACGGAAAGUCGGCAUUGGACAACGGAACACCGGUCGUGGAAAGUGGAAAAUCAGGAUUGGAGAGCGGAACUUCGGAGCUGGAAAGCGGAGCGAAGGACUCAGAGAGCGUAAUUGAGAUGGAAAUCACGAAACAAGUGGGAAAUUCAGCAGGACAAGGCAAAGCAAGUGUUAAGGCCACAGCUGCGAACGGAACAGAAACUGAGUCAAGAAAUGGACAUACGAUAGCUGGAGAAAAUCCUGGAGGAAACGGUAACAACGGCACCAAACAUGAAAGCAGCGUAAAUACUUCUUGUGAUUUUAAGAUGGAGAAGCCGAAAAUGCCUCGCUUCGCAGGGGACGUCAGGGACUAUGCGAUCUUCCGGUCAGACUUCAAACACGCUGUGGAUAGCAGAUACAGCAAGAGAGAUGGAAUUUCUUUGCUCCGUACUAGCUUACAAGGGCGACCGCUAGACUUGAUUAAAAGUAUCGGUACAGAUUACGACGCCGCAUGGAGCUAUCUCGACUCAGUGUACGGCGACCCUAGAUUCGUAGCAGACACCAUAACCCAGGACAUCACUAAGUUCAGACCUCUUCGCGAUGGAGAAGAUGCUAGGUUUUGUGAUUUGGUGCACCUUGUGCAAAGAAGUUUUACCACACUGAAAGAGGUUGGACGUCCGAAUGACAUGGACAACAACCACAUGCUGGCCCUUAUCGAGCAGAGAAUGUGUACUGACGACCGUAAAGUAUGGGCGCGACAAUUAGAGAACAGCGGAAAGGAGGCGACCCUGGCGCAGCUUAUUGCGUGGAUGAAAACUGAGAUGAAGUCCAGGAUGAGAGCGACGGCAGCAUUGAGAAGCACAGGCCCAUCAACAAGGCAUCCUGUUGGCCAUUUUGGAUCCGAUAUUAACGCUCCAAAGUCAGGUCUCCCACACAAGUGUUGGAUCUGCAAAAAUUCAAGUCGCUGGACUGAUCAGUGCCAGAAGUUUGCCUCGCUAAAUCUAGAAAAUAGGAUAAAGGCUGUGAAGGAGAACCACGCAUGCUUCAGUUGCUUAAAACGUGCCGGAAGAGAUCACAGGUCCAGCAAUUCUUCCAGAAGACGCCAGUGUCCUGAAAAAAGCAAUGGAAUCCAGUGCCCUUAUUACCAUCACCCUCUCUUACACGGAGCAAUUCAGUCGAGUAUCGCAACUGUUACGUCGGUGAUUAACAACCAGAAAGCAUUGUUGCCUAUCGUGCAAGUGGACAUAGUUGAACAAGGCCAUCUCCUGCAGAGAGCGAACGCCUUAAUGGAUUCGGGAGCUCAAAUAAGCUUGAUCAGGUCGAGUGUGGCCGAAGCUCUCAAGUUAAAAGGAAAGAACGUUGUGAUCACAAUCACAAAGGUGGGCGGCCAAGAAGAGGAGCUCAGCACGAAGAGUUACCAGGUGCGCAUCAGAUCACUGGAAGACCGCAGCGCGCACGUCAUACAGGAAAUUGGAAUACCUUGUAUUAGUGCGGACAUCACAGAUGUCAAGGUUGCCGACAUUGCAAGACAACUUGGUCUCGAAAAAGGUCAGUUUCGUCGAGGAAAUGGACAUAUAGACUUGCUCAUUGGAAUAGAUCAAGCAAAGCUGCACACGGGGGAAACGAGAGAGGCAGGAAAUGUGGUAGCUAGCUAUUCACCUCUCGGCUGGGUGGUAUUUGGAGCAGUUCCUGGCAAACAGUCAGAGGCAAGUCAUGUUUACCACAUCAAGCUCGAAACGCCUAUAGACAUGACAGACUUUUGGACCACGGAAAGUAUGGGUGUUUCUGUAAAGCCUUGCAAUUGUGAAGCUGGAAAGCUCAGUCAGAUUGAAAGGGAAGAAGCAAAGAUUAUAGAAGAACCCUGCGAGAAGAUAGGCAAUCAAUGGCUUAUCCCUUAUCCCUGGAAAAAGGAUCCACGUCAGUUACCCAACAACAAGUCUCAAGCAAAGAAGAAAUUAGAGGCAACCGAACGAUGGCUGUUCAAGAAUCCAGAUCACGCCGCUGCCUAUGAUCUUCAAAUGGUUGAAAUGAAUCACUUGCAGUUUUCAAGACGAUUAACAGAGAAAGAGGCAAGAGAAUACCCUGGUCCUGUUCACUUCAUCUCACACCACGAGGUUUUAAGGCCGGAAAGCAAGAGCACGCCAGUUCGGAUUGUGUUCAACUCGUCGGCAGCAUUCCAAGGGCACAAGUUGAACGAAUAUUGGAUGAAAGGACCUGACCUGUUGAAUGACUUAUUUGGUGUUGUUCUCAGGUUCCGAGAAAAUCAGGUGGCUUUUAUUGGAGACAUAUCCAAAAUGUACCAUAGAAUCCGCAUUCCAGAAAUGGAUCAGCACGUGCACAGGUUCUUAUGGAGGAACCUACAGACACACCGUGAGCCGGACGUUUAUGUCAAAACAGUCUUGACAUUCAGAGAUAAACCAGCCCCGCAAUGGCGCAGAUAG